AUGGGGGGCCAAAAAUGGACGCUCCUAGUUGCGGUGCACGGCGUUCAAGUUGCUCUAGCUACCCCCUUUCUAGGUGGUCUAGGAAAACGAAUGCAGUCUAUUGUAACGGUCAUCGAGAUUCAGAUGUGUACGACUACUGCUACUGCUUGGGUGUGUCAAUCAACUACUUUGGGAUCGAUUUUUCUACCACGGACGACUUCAGCAAAUCCACCUCCACCACCAGCCAGCAGCACGGUCAUCUAUCCUGUCCUACCACCAGCAAACAGUUCAGUAGUUGAGCCUCCACCUCCAGCAACCAGCAGCUCAGCAAGCCCUCCUGCCCCACCGCCAGCAAGCAGUUCAGCACCUCCUCCAGCAGCCAGCAGCUCAGAAAGUUUUUCAUUUCCAUCACCAGCAAGUAGUUCCGUAGUUGCACCUCUAGCAGCCAGCGGCUCAGAAAGUUCUUCAUUUCCAUUACCAGCAAGCAGUUUAACAGUUGCAACUCCGCCUCCUCCAGUAGCCAGCAGCUCUGUAAACCCUCAUUCUCCACCGCCAGCAAGCAGUUCAAUAGUCACAACUUCGCCUCCUCUAGCAGCCAGUAGCUCUACAAACCCUCAUUCUUUACCACCAGCAAGUAGUUCAAUAGUUGCAACUCCGCCUCCUCCAGCAACCAGCAGCUCAGAAAGUCCUCCAUUACCAUUACCGGCAAGCAGUUCCGUAGUUGCACCUCUAGCAGCCAGCGGCUCGGAAAGCUCUUCAUUUCCAUUACCAGCAAGCAGUUCAACAGUUGUAACUUCGCCUCCUCCAGCAGCCAGCAGUUCUGUAAACCCUCAUUCCCCAUUACCAGCAAGCAGUUUAAUAGUUGCAGCUCCACCUCUAGCAACUGGCAGCUCAGAAAGUCUUUCAUUUCCAUUACUAGCAAGCAGUUCAACAGCUGCACCUCUGCCUCCUCUAGCAACCAGCAGCUCAGUAAAUCCUCCUCCCCCACCACCAGCAAGCAGUUCGACAGUUGCACAUCCGCCUCCUCCAACCACCACAGCAACCACGCCACCACCUUUGGCCAGUUCUCCUCCAUCAACAGCGGCAGCUCAUUUCCCGCCCACCUCUUCUCUUGACUUGUCUUCUCCAAGCAUGUCUUCUUCUCCAAGCACUCCUGCGGCUAUCUCAUCUACGAGGCACCGAUUCGACCUAAGCUCAAUAGCAUCAAAUACUGUCACGUAUUCGUAUGCUUGUACUGCAGUACCCAGUUCGUUCCACAUUAUUGCACAAGAGGCUGGAAAGCCUAUGCAGUAUCUUUCUGAGGUUGAUGUCCCUGGAUCAAAUGCAGGCGAAAACUUUUAUGGUUUUGAGAAGUUGCCAUUGACCACGGAUAUUGCCAGUGCGGCAGUGUUCAACACGAACAGCUACCAGAACCUGGUUGCGAAAGCCCACAUUAGCGGCACCAGAGGGCUUACAACUGUCUAUGGAGCAGUCAGAAUGUCCGCAUUGGGCAAUUCAAAUUUCCAAAUGUAUCCAUCAUAUCACCUGGCCCCAGACAUGCUGAACUAUACCGUCUCAGUCGACAGCCAAUGUGUUCUAUCUCUUGCUGCGCGAGGCGCAAGCAUUUCUUCUGAUUGCAACGGUGUUCUUGCCGUUUUGACGCCCAGAUUUCAGGACAACCGUGGAUCGACUUGUAACGUAGUGACCUUGUGUGCUGUUGAAUAUCCACCAGCUAUUACCCACAGCACCACCAGCUCGUCCAGUUCGCCCAGCUCACCAAGUCUAGUCAUCACCUCGACUGCUGUUACAGCAGCUGCGACUACUACCGGCGCUGUUGCAACCACAUCACUCGCCGCCUGCCAGGUUGCACCUUACUUCAAGAUUGCGGCCAUCGAGGCGGCAGUCAUGAGCGGAGACCCCCCUCUGGACCCCCAAUACCUGUACGAUCCAAUGUCGAACGACGACGACAAGCUUCAAUUCUCUCCAGAUAUCAGCGUUGGUGCCAUAUUCUCGCUCUCGCCUACGGGCCAACUCGAGUUCUCCGUCACGGACAUGUGGGGCACACAGGUUAUUUUGUUGUCUGACCAGGAUGCUCACAAUGCUGGUAAUGAAGCCAUUUUCUUCUCGACGGGUACUCUUUAUGAUAUGUACUCGUAUCUUCCGGUUGUUGCUUCCCUGAAUGCCGACUGCUCCAUUUCGAUGACACUACCAUAUGACGGCGCUUCUACUCUUCAGUGUGGUCGCAACUACUACCGCGAUUACUUAAGAAAACCAUCGAAGAGCGGCGGCCGACACCAACUCGAUUCCCAUCCCUGA